UUGGUCUUUGGCAAGUACUUUAGCUGUCAGCAAUUAAUGCAGUAUUUGUUUAGUAUUGAAAACACCCCAAUGGAAUUAUUAUUCAGUGAGCUAAAUUGGAAGGAAAUAAAGAGAAGAAGCAUACGACAAAACAUCACCCAGUUUGUACUUGCGAGCUACUCUCUCAUUGGACACUACAUGAUCUGGAAACUAAUAGGACUACUGCUCAACAAUGACAGUCCUAUCGUGUGUGUCCUGUCUGAAAGCAUGGAGCCUGGAUUCAAAAGAGGAGAUAUCCUCUUUAUAACGCCGCAGUCCUACAAGGUAGGAGACAUUGCCGUCUACCAGGUCUAUGAAAAUUCAAUUCCUAUUGUGCACAGGGUCAUAAAGAAACAAGGAGACUACAUCCUUACGAAGGGGGAUAACAACAGACUAGACGAUAUUGGACUGUACCGGCCGGGAAGGAGGUUUCUGGAGCCAAGCGAAAUACGUGCAGGAGUGUUUGGGUACAUCCCGUUCUUUGGAAUCAUAACGGUUUGGAUUAAUGCAGUGCCUGGUCUGAAAAUAGCAAUAUUGCUAUUUACAGCACUACGGGUAUUUUCAAACCGAGAAGAUUCGCGAGGAGGCUUCCUGAACUACUGA